AUGGACCUUGCCUCUGAAAUUCGUCUUCUUUGUGACGAGAUCAAUAAAAUUGGAAAAGAAGAAAGCGAAAUAAUAUUAAGUAACACUGGUAAUAAAUUACCAAGGAGUGAUUCCGACAAAGAAAUUGAUAAGUAUGUUAAGUUCAUCCAACCUAUUUCCUUGUUGGAUGUGUUUGAUGAACUAGAAAAGUUGGAUUUAGUGCAUUUAAAAGAAGUUGUCAAUAUAGUGAUGGCCCUUGCACCAACAACUGUAUCUGUAGAACGUUAUUUCGAUUUGAUCAAACAAUUAAUGAAAUUGAAUAUGCCAAUUGGAAAUGUUUUCCAAGGUUUGAAAUUUUCUUCAAAAACACAGCAACUCUAUUAUGAAAUAAUUUGA